AAGCUAUGGAAUUGAUGAACUUUAUCUCUAAUUGCUUUAUUAAGAUUUUAUUUUUACCCUUUUUUGAAAGAAAAUUCUCAUUGUCUGUAUAUAGUGAAGGAGAUGGGGAUUAAUGGGUUGGAUUUGGGAGGUACCCACAAGAUUUUUUUUUUUUUUUUACCUCCAAUUCUGGUCUGUUUUCUUGUGGGCUACUUGAAAACUACUCUCAGUUAUGUAAUCCAAGGAGAACCACUAGAAGUAGAAGAUUGAAGUUUAUUUUUCUUUUUGGUGUUGUGGGAAAUAUUUGACAUUUUCUGAAGGAAAAAUUUGUCUUCUUUUGUGGUCCUGUGGAAUCAUAACUUUGAGAGCAUGACAUUCAAAAUGUAUACAUCCCCAUUUCAUUUAUUAAUAUUCAUAUAUUCUUUUUCAUUUACAAAGUGGUGGUCUCGAUUUGAAUUGAUGUGUGAGAUGGGGGGGGGGGGGGGGGUAUAAAAAAUGGCCAAAUGAAAAGAGAAACUAUUGGGAGGUAAAGAGAAAGAAAAAAGAGAAGUGAUGAGAGAGAAUGUAUUCAUCAUGUAAUGUGUAUAUCAAGACUUGAAGCUGUAUUUUCACCUUUGGCACCAGAUCCUCUGUUCCUCUACCCACCCAAUCAUAGCUCACCACCUCAUAACUUGUUGGACAAUCUUGCCCUUCUUUAUCACCUGAGUGAGUAGCUUUUUUUUACCCUCAAUGAUCUAUUAAACAGAUAAGAAUUUAAGGCUGCUGGUGAAUGAGUGUUUCUUAAGUGGCUAUAAAAAAGAUUGGUUCUCUCUUCACAGCCCCUCCCUUCUUGCUUUGCUCAUUAUCCUCAUAUCUCCCACAAUUUCAGAGAGAACUAGAGAUGGGAAAUUGUCAAGCCAUUGAUGCAGCAACACUUGUGAUACAACACCCGAGUGGGAAAGAAGACAAAUUGUAUUGGCCUGUAACUGCUAGAGAGAUUAUGAAGAUGAAUCCUGGUCACUAUGUUGCUCUUCUCAUCUCUACUACCAUGUUUACACCAAAUGAAAGUAAUAACAGCAAUCAAACAAGCAAUGAAACCAGUAGUAAUUCGGUUCGUUUAACUCGAAUCAAGCUUCUUCGCCCAGCUGACAUGCUUGUUCUUGGCCAAGUUUACAGACUCAUCACUACUCAAGAGGUCAUGAAAGGUUUAUCAGCAAAGAAACAAGCAAAAGUUAAACAAAGUCAGUUAGAAGCAGCUGAUAAGCCAGACAGGAGGAAAGAACGUACAACCAGAAGUUCAGAUGCAGCAGCUGGAAGAUCUGUAUCGGAAGAUCAAAUUCAGGCGAACAAACAUGAGAAAAACAACCGACCUAGGACAAGUACGUCGACAACCUCGGCCACAGCCAGAUCAAGAACAUGGCAACCUUCAUUGCAUAGCAUCUCAGAAGCUGGAAGCUAAUCAUUUAUGUUUCCUAUUUCCCACAUGCUAUUGAGAGACAGGGUGGCACAGAUUGUCCUAAGGCUCUUUAAGCUUCUCCUAAGAGGAAAAAAAAAAAACACAAAAAAAGCAAAAAAGGAGAGAUAGGCCAAAUGAGCCUUUUAAUUCAAGAAGAAUUCUUCACCAACACAUUACUGAUAAUGAUAUUAGGAUGGUGGCUGUAAAAGAGUUGUUUAAAACUUUUUUCUUCAAUCUUGGGGAGAAAAAGAGAACCAAAAACUGUGUGCAUAAGUUCUAGCAGGGUGGGUAUAUAGUGGAAACCAGUUGAGAUUCUUCAAACAUCUUUGUAAAUUCACAGUUUUUUUCACUAAUGAAAUGAGACUUGAGCAAAAAAAAAAAAAAGAUAGCUCAGUUUGUUU